AUGAUGAGACUCCUGCAACGGGUCUGGCUCCCCAUCACAGCGCUUAUUUCAGGUGCCGUGGAUGCAUUCAAGAAUCCAAUUAUCCCGGGGUUCAACCCAGAUCCCAGCAUCGUCAGGGUUGGCGAAGACUAUUUCCUGGCAACAAGCACGUUCGAGUUCUUCCCCGGUGUGCCCAUCUACCAUUCCAGGGAUUUGAUACAAUGGGAAACCAUCGGACAUGCCCUCAAUCGACCAUCCCAGCUGAACCUGAGAGGCACUGCUCCCAGCGGAGGAAUAUUCGCCCCAACCCUGCGACACGUCAACGGGACCUUCUACCUGAUCACUACUCUGUUUGACAUCAUCAAUCCCCCAGACAACGCCACCCGCACCCCACGCUCCUUCUACGUCACAACAGACAACAUCUGGGACGAAACCACCUGGUCGGACCCCACCUACGUCGACCAGCCGGGCUUCGACCCCGACCUCUUCUUCGACCCUGCAUCCACCCCUGACGACGACGACGACGUCGCCCACCUCACCACCACCUUCUCCGAAUCCGUCGAAACCGGCAACUUCGCCAACUGGCUCACCACCAUCUCGCCACGCACAGGCAACUCGCUCACCCCAUCCCGCCUCCUCCACACGACCACCGUGCCCCGCGACCAGGGCUACCCGCUGACCGAAGGCUCGCACCUGUACCGCAUCAACGGGUCCGUCUACAUGCUGACGGCCGACUCGGGCACCGAGGCGAACCACAAGUCCAACGUCUACCGCCUGGCUGCGUCCUCCUCUUCCUCCUCCUCCACCAAUGCCAGCACGCUUACUGCUGGUCCGUGGGAAGCCAACCCGCACAACCCCGUCCUCUGGAACGGCCGCGACAUGUCGCUGCCCGUGCUCUCAACCGGCCACGCGGACCUCGUCGAGGGCGCCGACGGCAGGUGGUGGGCCGUGUUCCUGGCGACGCGGCCGCAGCACCCGCGGAACGCGUCGGGCGUCAGCCAGCUGGGGCGGGAGACGUUCCUGUGCCCCGUGGAAUGGGAUACGGACGGCUGGCCGACGUUUUGCGGGGGCGACGGGGUGGUGCGGGAGGAGGUGCCGGAGGUGUUGUACGAGCUGGAGCGGCCGCGGGUGUGGCGGGAUGAGUUUGAUGCAGGGGGGGUCGGGGGGUUCGUGGAUAAGGGGUAUUACUUCCUGCGGACGCCGUAUAAGAGUCAGCGCGAGACGCCGGCCGCGGUGCUAAGGAAGCAGGUCGAUUUCAACACGACGUUUAGUGCGGAGUUGACGAGUUUCGAGCCCGAGGGGUGGAGGCAGGAGGCUGGGGUGAGUGUGUAUCUGAGCAUUCAUUAUCAUGAUGAGAUUGCGGUGACGGUGAGUAAUGUUACGGGGCGGAGGGCGGUGGUUACGCAUGUGAGGAGUGGGCCGGAGGCGACGUUGAAUACGACGUAUCAUGAGGAUGAAGAGGUGGCAUUGGGACAGACUCCUGUUCGGCUGUUUAUUGAGGCUAAGGAGGCUGGCUAUCGGUUCGGGUAUGCGGUCGGUGAAGGAGAGCCGAAGUAUGUGGCAAGUGUGGAGAACAAGUGGCUGCAGGCGUAUGUCGAGGGAUGGCAGAACUUUGUGGGCUCUCACUUUGCCAUAUACAAUACUGGUACCAACCUUCCGACCCUGAGCCCUGCGGACUUCAAUUACAUUCAGACUGAGCUGAAUUAG